GGUGAAAGGCUGAGAAUAAGAGGGUAAAAGAACGAGAGGGUGAGAUGUUUAGACACAGUGCUGCUUUUCCGGUCAGCGGGAGAGCAAGAGCAAGCGAGAGAGAGAGAGAAACAUUCGUGUGACGUGCGUGUGGUUGUGUGUGUGUGUGUGUGACAGCGUUCCCUCAGUGCAUAGCAGAGAGACAGGUCUGCAUGCUGACACUCACUUCAACGGGCUGAUGCACUCUGGAGCAGCGAGCAGGACCCUCUGGGAGACGUUUGUCAUUCAAACUGCCCGAGAUGCUUUUAGGACCCUGAUCUCUGCGCUACACGUGUUGAAUCGCAUACCUGCGUAUCCCUCUGCAUCUUAGAUCACUCCACACGCUCGCGCGUCUGUGCAAACCAUGGAUGCUCUUUCCAACGACACGGACGGACUGGAGAACUCCUUGAAGUACUCCAAGUGUGACCAGACGGAGAAGAUGUGGAUUAGGCUGAAAGGAAUGCAGAAGUACAAAAGCACAUCUCAAAGAUUGAGAUGUCUGGUGAAGCAGCUGGAUAAGGGGGAGGUGAAUGUCGUAGAUCUGAGAAAAAACAUUGAAUAUGCCGCAUCGGUUCUGGAAGCAGUGUACAUUGACGAAACUAGGCGGCUUCUGGACACAGAGGAUGAGCUCAGUGAUAUCCAGGCAGACUCUGUGCCCAUGGAGGUGCGAGAUUGGCUGGCCUCCACCUUCACCAGGAAGAUGGGAGUGGUGCGCAGACGGCCGGAAGAAAAGCCCCGGUUCCGCAGCAUCGUUCACGCCGUUCAGGCUGGGAUCUUUGUUGAACGAAUGUACAGAAGAACAUCCAACAUGGCAGGGUUGACCUAUCCACCAUCUGUAAUUACAGCUCUUAAGGAUGUUGAUAAAUGGUCAUUUGACGUCUUCACGCUUCAAGAGGCGAGUAAUGAACACGCUCUGAAGUUCCUGGUGUAUGAACUGCUCACCAGAUAUGACCUGAUCAGCCGCUUUAGGAUACCAGUGUCCUCCUUGGUGUUAUUUGUGGAAGCUCUGGAAAUAGGCUACAGCAAGCACAGAAACCCUUACCACAAUCUGAUCCACGCUGCCGAUGUCACGCAGACAGCACACUAUCUGAUGCUUCACACUGGCAUUAUGCACUGGCUCACUGAACUGGAAAUAUUGGCCAUGGUGUUUGCUGCUGCUAUCCACGACUUUGAACACACUGGAACCACCAACAACUUCCACAUCCAGACCAGAUCAGAAGUGGCCAUCCUGUACAACGAUCGCUCGGUUCUGGAAAACCACCACGUGAGCGCAGCCUACAGACUCAUGCAAGAAGAUGAGAUGAACAUCCUGGUCAACCUCCCGAAGGACGACUGGAGGGAGCUGCGGACGCUGGUGAUCGAGAUGGUCAUGAGCACAGAUAUGUCCUGCCAUUUCCAGCAGAUCAAGACGAUGAGGAACACGCUGCAGCAGCCGGAGGGAAUAGACAAGGCUAAAGUGCUGUCCCUGAUGCUGCACGCGGCUGAUAUCAGCCAUCCCGCUAAGGGCUGGAAACUGCACUACCGCUGGACACAAGCCCUCAUGGAGGAGUUCUUCAGACAGGGUGACAAGGAGGCAGAGCUAGGGCUGCCAUUCUCUCCACUGUGUGACCGGAAAGCCACCAUGAUUGCCCAGUCUCAGAUAGGGUUCAUCGAUUUCAUCGUCGAGCCCACGUUCUCUGUUCUUGUCGACACAACAGAGAAGAUCAUUAGUCCUCUCAUAGAGGAAGCUGUAAAAUCUGGGGGUGUCCGCAGGUCAAGUUUGACGGGCCGGGGCUCGGCCGCGGUGGUAGAGUCAGUACAGAGACACAGCGGUCGGGGUUCGAAUGAUGAGCAGGGAGGCACUACAGAUUACUCACUGAGCAGCCUCGACCUGAAACGAGUCCGACACCUGCUCUGUGAGAUCAUCCAGAACAACAAGGAGCGCUGGAAAGAGCUGUCUGUUCAAGAGUUUGCCAACAAACAACACGAGAGAAUGUCAGACCUGGAAGAGGAGCCCAUGAGAAACACACAAGUCACACUGUCCCGCAGCAGUCCAGCCAGAGGGAGUCACGACUCGGAGUCAAAGUCCCUGAACGAACUGAACAAUACAGACUCCACUCACUCUUCCCAGGAAUCUCUGGAACAGAGUUCCCAGUCCCCAGCGGAGGGGCCAGGCGACGGGUCACCAGAGGAGCACAGCUCAGAAACUCUGCCUUGGAACGGCAAAAGCGCCUGACAUCCCACGGACGCUGCCAAGCCUGAAUGUUUUUAAUCAGAAACAGGAUGAUGUACAUAGCAUUGUCCUCAUUGUAUUGUAAUGCUAUUAUACUCUCGGGCUCGGAGGGCUCAUUGUGCAGACGGAUGCGCAGAAUGUCCCCGCAGCGCAUCGUAGAGACGGUAGUGUGCAGUGUUGUCAUUGAGACUGUGUUAUUGCUGGAGACAGACCUCUAUGGUCCUCUUGAGGAAGAUUUAGCAAGUCCCUGAAAUGCAACGCUACCUAUUUGCUUCCUGGGCUUUAUUCCUGUUGGGUCAAUUCUCUUUUCUCUUUUUUUUUUUUGUUUUGUUUUGUAGACUGUCAUUAUUUAUUAAAGAUUAUGCAGCUACACUUUACACCAUAAUUAGUUUCAGUAUUUUAUUCUCGAUACGGCUCUCAGCGGCACAUUAGGACAGAAAGGCUGGAAAAUUUUACUUCAUUCUGGCAUGAUAUAUCUCUGUAGACUUUUGAAUGUUAUUCCCUCCAAUUUCCAGAACAGUCCAUAAAGAGCUUUUUUUUAUUGUAGCAUGACACGUAUAGUAUGUGCAGCUGUAAAGUUUUAGUAGAACAUGGCGCCUAUUAAAUUAUGAGCCAAUUUUUUAACAGUAGAGGUGCAUGUCCUCGAGGGGGCGUUGUUUCAUUUUAACAAACCACACUCUCCAAAUGAACAAAACUGUGUCCCUUUAAAUCCAUACAGUAUUAAAGUACAUAGAAGUGUCUAAAUAAAUGUUACAUACAUUGGCUGUGUUCGGAUGGAAUACUAGCUAACUACUCACCGAAUACUGUGCAGUAUAUACUGUUUCAAUUGUGAAACAGAAUAAUUAUGAAACAGUUUAAUGGAAUAUGCUCUUUUAAGUGUUUAAAAGUUUUAGUCUGAUGUUAGAAGUCGCUAAUAUUGUAUUCGUUUUCAUGAAACACUGGAGAUGAAGGGGUCAAAUCAAGCAAUUUGGCAAAUGUGGUAAAUCAUUUGGGUAUUUCAUGUAAACUGUGCCCUGUAUACAUAAUGUAUACUGAGAAACAGUAAUAGUAUGCUUUUCUGAACGCAGCCAUUGUGCAUUACACUGUUCUUCAGAAUUUCAGAACAUUCAUGAGGUACUAAACAUGUGCUACCAAAUCACUGUAUCAUGUUUUAUAACUUUUAUGUGAAAAUACUGAUCAAGUUUAAUUUAUUUAAUUUUUUUUUCUUUCUUUUUUUGCAUUAUGUAUGACAUAAACCGCCCAAAACAA